AUGACGCACUUCGCCACCGACUGCGUACGCCGCUGCGAUCGGGUCCGCUCUGAAAUUGAUGCAUUUGUGAUCAGUGGUGACUUUGUUAACGUCGAUGACACGCUUUCACCCCGUCUGCAUUUGAUGCUAAGCCGCAUAAUAGACUCAAUGCACAAUCACCUACGUUCGCCUCGAGACCAGUCGAGCAGCAAGUUCGAUUUGGAGCUCCAUACACCUGUACUCACUCUGCAAGCUCACAUUUAG